AUGGUGCUCCAGCACACAGUUUUGCCCUGGAGAGACUGGAGGCGGAAUGGAAAGGCGAGCGGACGCGAGAGAGACGCCAGCGCGCUGGCCCGACACCAAGCAUGGAUAACGGCCGGUGCAAAGACGCAGGAUGGUCCCUGGGAGCAACAGCACCUCCACGGCUGCCUGUGCGACCCUCAUCGAUUGAUCGUAUCAGUAGGAACUGUAUCAGCCGCCGCCACGAGCCACACACAACAACAUUUUGGGGCCAACCGCGUGAGAAUCCGUGAAAUUCGAGCAUAUGAAAACGAUACAGUGCAGAAGCGUCCAAACAAAACUGUCAACGCCGAGUUCGGACUCAUGGCUCUAUGA